AUGGGAACAGGCACGGCCGACAGGAGAGAGGGAUCAGUCCCGGGAUAUCCUCAAGGCAAUUCCCAACCCUCGGGAGCUUCCCAGGACACAGUGACACACCACGGAGAGGACACAGAUGUCCCAGUGGAAACUUUGCUGCCAGGAUGUGCCCACUCUGUGCCCCCACAGCUCUCCCAACCCUCCCUGUCCUCCCAACCCUCCCUGUCCCCCAUAUCCCCCAAACCCCCCCAACCCUCCAGGCCAGCCAAGCGUUCCCGAGCAGCAUUUUCCCACUCCCAAGUCAUUGAACUGGAGAGAAAAUUCAGCCACCAGAAAUAUCUUUCAGCCCCUGAGAGAGCUCACUUGGCCCAGCACCUGCAGCUCACCGAGACCCAGGUGAAGAUCUGGUUCCAAAACAGGAGGUACAAAACCAAGAGGAGACAAGUGACCUCAGGAAUCAACAGCUUGGACACACACCUGGUUGGGCACAAAGGGGCUGAGAUCUCUGGAGCAUCACUGUUUACCUUCAGGGGCACUUGGCCCUACCUGCCCUGUCUCUACUACCUGAAUACUUGGAGUCCUUCCUGGGAGUAG